AUGCUCGACUCUCUGUAUGGGGACUUGCCUCCGCCCUCAAAGGAGGAUGGCGGGGGCAGUGGCGGCCCUCCUAAAACAGCUUCGCUUCUAGGGUCUCUCUACGAUGAUCUCGACGAGUCGCCAGAGUCCUCGUCGACCUCAUCCUCUUCCUCUUCCUCGUCUUCUUCCUCUUCCUCUUCUCUCUUUGCCUCCUCCUCGUCGUGGACAGCCCAGCGGCUCCAAAUGCUGACGCCUGCAGUGGUGCGCAAGCAGACUCUGGCGGCGAAGUCUGCUAGCGGGGGUGCGUCUUCGCAGACAGCUAGCCAAGCGAGCUCGACGAGCAAGCGGCCCCUGGACGUGGCGGCAGUGGCGGCGGCGGCGAGUGCGGCGGCUGCCGCCGUCGCGGCUCAGCUGAAGGCGGUGAAGAGCGAGGCAUUCGGAGACAAGUCGCGCAACCUUCUCGCAGGCCGGGCUGACAGAGAGAAGAAGGGCGAGGUGCUCGGCUCUGCUGGCGACGAGGCAGUUGACGUGGGGUUUGCGGCUGGCGGGCUGAAGAAGGAAGAGAAAGAGGCACUGGGGAGUCUCGGGGCCUCAGCAGCUGAGGAUGACGGCGGAGACGCCUCCAAGCUCGGCCACGAGGAGACCGAGAAUGGAGGCUUCGUCAGCAUCGGGAAAAUGAAGGACGAAUACGACCCUGGAAACCCCAACGACUACAGCGCGGUCUACCGCGAAAAGAUUCGGAAGCAACAGCGAGAGGAACUGGAAAGGCUCAGACAACAAGAACUUGAAAAGCAGAGAAGAGACAGAGAACCGGGACUCCCUAACGCAGGUUCUUCGUUGUCUGGCGUUGCUUUUGGAGAUUCGCCUGCGGCGCCCAGCCCGCCGCCGGCCCCGCCCGCGCCGGCGCUGCCGUCGUACAUCGACCCCGCGAAGAAGUCGUUUGCUGCGCGCAUGAUGGAGAAGAUGGGGUGGAAGCACGGUGAGGGCCUCGGUGUCAACAAACAGGGGAUCACGGCUCCGCUCGUCGCGAAAAAGACUGCCAUGAGGAGCGGCGUCAUUGUUCAGGGGGCCGAGGUGGUGCAAGCCGCCGCGCAGGCUCGCGCGCAGUUCAAUCGCCCGCCAACUCGCGUGCUGUUGUUGCUGAACAUGGUGGGUCGCGGAGAAGUCGACGAGGACUUGAAAGAAGAGACGGAGGAAGAAGCAGCCAAGUUCGGGAACCUGCUGCAAGUGAAGAUUGUGGAGGCGCCCGAGGCCCCGGACGACGAAGCGGUCAGGAUCUUCUGCGAGUACGAAAGAAAGGAAGAGGCUACCCGCGCCUUCAUGACGAUGAACGGCCGAGUCUUUGGCGGCCGGACUGUGAAGGGGCGAUUCUACUGCGAGGAGCGCUGGGGAAAAGACGAUCUGAUGCCGAACCCCGAAGAAGAAGCGGACAAACCCCUCGACUGA